GUGGAAGCUCUGAGUGCCCAGGGAGGAAGGACCGCGUGAGAGCUGCGCCUAUCCCUCGGGGCCAUGGACUCGGACGCCAGCCUGGUGUCUAGCCGCCCAUCGUCGCCAGACCCCGAUGACCUUUUUCUGCCAGCCCGGAGCAAGGGCAGCGGGGGCAGCGGCUUCACGGGGGGCACCGUGUCCUCGUCCACACCGAGCGACUGCCCGCCAGAGUUGAGCACAGAGUUGCGCGGCGCCAUGGGAGCAGCGGGCGGGCACCCGGGGGACAAACUGGGCGGCGGCGGCUUCAAGUCAUCUUCGUCCAGCACCUCGUCGUCCACGUCGUCAGCGGCUGCGUCGUCCACCAAGAAGGACAAGAAACAGAUGACUGAACCUGAGCUGCAGCAGCUACGCCUCAAGAUCAACAGCCGCGAGCGAAAGCGGAUGCACGACCUCAACAUCGCCAUGGACGGGCUGCGCGAGGUCAUGCCCUACGCGCACGGCCCGUCCGUGCGCAAGCUCUCCAAAAUCGCCACGCUGCUGCUGGCGCGCAACUACAUCCUCAUGCUCACCAACUCGCUGGAGGAGAUGAAGCGACUGGUGAGCGAGAUCUACGGCGGCCACCACGCCGGCUUCCACCCAUCGGCCUGCGGCGGCCUGGCGCACUCGGCGCCCCUGCCCGCGGCCACCGCGCACCCCGCGGCCGCCGCGCACGCAGCGCACCACCCGGCCGUGCACCACCCCAUCUUGCCUCCGGCCGCGGCCGCCGCCGCUGCAGCUGCGGCCGCCGCCGCGGUGUCCAGCGCCUCCCUGCCCGGCUCCGGGUUGUCAUCUGUUGGCUCGAUUCGGCCCCCUCACGGCCUGCUCAAGUCUCCAUCGGCGGCAUCAGCAGCCCCGCUAGGGGGCGGGGGCGGCAGCAGCGGGGGCAGUGGCGGCUUCCAGCACUGGGGCGGCAUGCCUUGCCCUUGCAGCAUGUGCCAGGUGCCACCGCCGCACCACCACGUGUCGGCCAUGGGCGCCGGCAGCCUGCCGCGCCUCACCUCCGACGCCAAGUGAGCUGGCCGCUGCAGGCGCUUUCUGGCGAGUGGGGUGGGGCGGGGGCCCGGAGGCUUCGGGGAAGCAAGGACUGGCCGGCUCUGGGUACUGGGAGCUCAGUUCCUAAGAGGAGUGCAGCACCGUGGGCUGGGGGGUGGGGACAAUGGCGAGGACUCCAGCACCCAGGAACCGAAGCAGUGGAGGCGCGCAUCGAACGGUGGGGGAGUGAGAGGGGCAUUUGCUCUGGGACCGGGUUCAACCCUCUCUGGCUUUAAACCGCGCCACUCCGGUAAACACCGUUUUAUAAGAAAGCACCGCUACCUGCACCCCUUCCUCCAACUCCCCCCACCCCUAUGCCCCCGCAAAAAAAAAGAAGUGAUUCUAAAAACUGUGGUUUUCCUCCGAACUUGGCCGCCUUCGGCCCUGGGCAGCACUUCGUUAUACCGGGGAGGAGGUGAGAGAGGAGAGCGCUGGGGGCUUUCUCUCCCUUCUCCUUUCUUGGCGGGUCGGAGAAUCUUGGGAGCCGAGCCGCACACCAGAAGCGGCUAGUCCGGCUUCACCCUCAAGGGUGGUCCCUGGCCCAGGGCCAGGAGCCUCGAGUUAGUUAGAAGCUGGUAUUUGGUACCAGAAGCACUUACUAUCGAGUCCCAUCUCCAUAUCUGGAUAAACCCACAACUUUUUGAGAACUGUUUGCCGUUCCUCCUUGUGGCUCCUAUUGGUUUGGGGGUUGUGGUUUUCUAAUAAAUCUAUCGGUGUUCCUUUUUCAA